GCUAUAUAUUCAGCAACGAAAGAAAAAGUUACUAGUCAAAGUGCGACGACUUCUACUGUCAUAACUGUUGCUACUAUUAUGAACACUAUGCUAGAAGAAGACUUUUACUAUUGGGGUAAACCAACGUCAACGAUCGAUUGGUGCGAAGAAAACUAUGUCAUAUCGCCUUACCUUGCCGAGUUUUUUAACACAACCACCAACUUGGUUUUUGGGUUCCUGGCUCUCUUUGGAAUUUAUAACACGAUCACCAACAACUUUAGCAAGUCGUUCGUUAUCGCACACUUGGCAGUUUUGUUUGUUGGAGUGGGCUCUUGGUUUUUUCACAUGACACUUCAAUACGAAAUGCAACUGCUCGACGAGCUUCCAAUGAUCUAUGCAGCAUCCGUCAUGGUCUGGGCAAUCUUUGAAAUCCAUCCACAGAGGCGGUAUGGUAUCUGGUUGCCCUUGUUCUUGGUUGGCUAUUCUGUAUUCGUAACCUAUUCCUACAUCAUCAUCAACAAUCCAGUCUACCAUCAAGUAUGCUAUGGUCUGCUAGUUGGCACUGUUGUCAUUCGCUCGGUUUAUGUUAGUCACAAGCUCCCUGCAGCAUACCAGGGCUAUGAAAAGUUAUGGAUGGUCCGACUUUUGUGGAUUGCCGCAUCAUGCUUCGGAGGAGCUUUUGUAGUUUGGAACAUUGACAACCAAUUCUGCACUACCUUGCGUGGCUGGAGAUCAACGGUGGGCUUACCCCUCGGUGCUAUUAGCGAGUUGCACGGCUGGUGGCAUAUUGGAACAAGUCUCGGCGUCUACUACUUUGUGGUCUAUUGCGAAUGGGUUCAUCAAGUCAUGAACGGCAAGGCACCUCGCUAUGAAAUCAGAUGGGUCGGACCUUUAUGUUAUUUGAGACCUGCCAAGGGCCAACUUAAAACAAAUUAAGCUGCCUUUUUUUUCUUUUGAGAGGACAGUUGUGUGAUGUGUAGCAUAUAUUAUUUUAUACCUACCUCGAAAAGACAAUGGAGCAGGGCCGGGGGCCAUGGACGUCAUGUUAAGGACACUAGAUUCGUACUAGCACUACUACAUUAUAGCAACUAGAAAAAGCAAUAACAAAAUGUAGUAGAGAUCAAAUACUACUAUUAUAAAAAGUUGGUUCCUGAGGAAAUUAAAAAGCAUUAUACGACGCUCCUUGCUAAUCAGAUGAUCUAGCUGUAUAAUAUGUAGCAAUA